AUGGAUUCCUUUCCCUCUUUCAAUACUCCAACUCAUCAUCAUAAUGAUGAUGAUGAUGCCUUUCCACAACCACCACCACCACCACCACCACCGUCUACAGCGCCACAGCCACCCACCCUCUCACUCCUAGUUCCCAAACCAGAACCCUUCUGGGCCUAUAACCAUGAUGAUAUCGGUGACCAACUCGACCUACUCACUGAGUUCAAACGAGUCACCGAGUUGUUCCAGCUCGCUUUCGGAGACACCAAUGUCGUUAUUCCCUCCACCCCUUUCGGACUUAUAAACAGUGCUAAUGCAUGCUCCGACCCUUCUCCUUCUGCGGACGUCGAUUCCACGCCUCAGACCCAGCCCAAUUCGUCCUCCUCCGCCAGCGACGCCUCACGCGCGAUCGUCCCCGUCGUGGACGGCACUGUGAGGGUGGCAACGCGGCGGAAGCAGAGCCGGCAGAAGGAGCUGGUGCGGAUGAUGGGUUUGUCGGCGAGUGAAGAGGCGCAGUUGCGGGAGGUGUUGAGGCGCACGCGCCUGCUAUACGACUCGCUGCGCGUGUUGACCGCUAUCGAGGAGGAGAAGCGGGUGGCCGGCCUGGCGGAGGCGACAGAGACGGCGAAGGCGGUGAAGGGCCGUGGGCGGCGUCUCCGCGGUGACCUGCGAGCUGCUACACUGAUGCGGGCGCGUGGACUGUGGCUGAACCGCGAGCAGCGAAUCGUCGGGGCCAUUCCCGGGAUUAUGGUGGGGGAUUUGUUCCUUUUUAGGAUGGAGUUGUGUGUGGUUGGGUUGCACGGGCAAAUACAGGCUGGCAUUGAUUAUCUUCCUGCAAGUGUGAGCCCCUCUGGGGAGCCUAUAGCUACCAGUGUCAUUGUUUCUGGGGGUUAUGAGGAUGAUUUGGAUGAUGGUGAGGUCAUAAUCUACACUGGCCAUGGAGGGCAGGGGAAGAAUUCGUCUAAGCAGAUUGCGGAUCAGAAGUUGGAGGGAGGGAACCUUGCAUUGGAAAGGAGUAUGCAUUAUGGUGUCGAGGUGAGGGUUAUCCGUGGGAUGAGGUACGAGGGGAGUGCUUCUGGUUCUGGUAGGGUGUAUGUGUAUGAUGGAGUGUAUAAGAUUGUUGAUCAAUGGGUUGAUAAGGGGAAGUCUGGUUUUGAUGUUUUCAAGUUUAAGCUUUGGAGGAUUGAGGGGCAGGCUAAGAUGGGGAGUGCUAUUUUGAAGGACGCUAAGAAUAUUAAGACGAGUGAGUCGCAUUUGCAUUGUCUUUCUGCUGAUAUUUCCAACAAGAUGGAGAGUGUUGCUGUUAGGCUUUUUAACGACAUAGAUGACGAUCAGGGUCCUUUUAACUAUGAUUAUCUUGCCAGGACUAGUUUUCCACCUUUUGUGUUUCAUCAGAGUGGGCAAGCUACUGGUUGUGACUGUGUGGAUGGUUGUGGUGAUCGAUGCUUUUGUAUUAUGAAAAACGGGGGCGAAUUUCCUUAUACUCUGCAGGGGCAUCUUGUGAAAGGGAAGCCUUUGAUUUUUGAAUGUGGCCCUUUUUGUUCUUGUCCUCCUCAUUGUCGCAAUCGUGUUACGCAGAAGGGGCUGAAGUAUAGUUUGGAAGUGUUUAGGUCUCUGCAGACAGCUUGGGGAGUUAGGUCCUUGGACCUUAUUCAAGCCGGUACUUUUAUCUGCGAGUUUGCAGGGGUUGUUUUGACCAGGGAGCAGGCGCAACUAUUUGCAAUGAAUGGUGACUUGGCCAUAUAUCCUAAUCGCUUUUCUGAAAGAUGGGCAGAAUGGGGCGAUUUGUCUCAAGCAGACCCAAAAUAUUUGCGUCCGUCCUAUCCAUCUAUUCCUCCUCUAGAUUUUUCUCUGGAUGUAUCAACAAUGAGGAAUGUUGCUUGCUAUAUGAGCCAUAGCUCAACUCCAAAUGUUUUGGUUCAGUUUGUUCUGUAUGACCACAACAACUUGAUGUUCCCACACCUUAUGCUAUUUGCAAUGGAGAAUAUCCCUCCCAUGAGAGAGCUCAGCCUUGAUUAUGGUGUAGCUGAUGAGGUGACAGGCAAGCUCUCUAUAUGCAACUGA